AAAUAAACGCAGUCUUAUUGUUACUAUUAUUAUAUUCGUAUCAUAUAUAAACUCUUUCCUUCCGUUUCCUUCGUCUCGAAGAUAAACCUCUGUACCAAGUACGAAAGUUGACAACUCGCAAAUAGCUCAAGUUGGGUCUCUUCUUCUUCUUCUUCUUCUUCUUCGACGAAAUUACAAACCCUUCUUCUGUUACCUUAAGAAUCAAGAAGCCAAAAGCCCUUCAGAAAGUUCAAGAAAACAAGAUUUUAUUAAAGGUUCUUGAAAAACCUUUCUUGGGUCAAAUGGGGGAAAGAAAGGUGAGUUCUUGUGCAGAGAUUGUUAGUAGCAAAAACAAGAAAAUACCAAGGAAGAGAGUAGAGGAUACACUUGAAGAAUGGAGGAGCGAAAUUGAUGAAAUUCCUAAGCGUCGGCCAAAGGGAUCAAGAAAAGGUUGUAUGAGAGGAAAAGGUGGACCAGAGAAUCAGAGUUGCAAUUAUAGAGGUGUUAGACAGAGAAUUUGGGGCAAAUGGGUUGCAGAAAUUAGAGAACCUGCAGGAAAAGGACCUAGGAAUAGACAUUGGCUGGGUACAUUUGAGACUGCCGUUGAAGCAGCUCAGGCUUAUGAUAAUGCGGCCAAGACUAUGUAUGGUUCUAAUGCUGUACUCAAUUUCCCUGAUUACUCUUCGGAAAUAUCAUCAUCAAAAUUGAAUCUUUUGGAUUGUUCUGGUUUUGAUGGAUUUGAACAACUUAGAGAUGAGAAACUUGAAAAUUGUAUUUCAACAACUGAUUGCCGAAUCUCCCAUGGCGUAGAACAAACGAAUGCAGAAUUUGCAGAAGAUGGAUAUGGGAGCUCGCAGGGUGAGACCAAAAUUACGAAAGCUGAAUUACAUAUGGAUUUUGAUGAUGCAACAACUGAUUACAUGUCUUUUAAUGAAGCGGAGAUGCCAAUAAUGAGGAAAGUAAUGGAAGGAGAAAUUUCAAGAACUGAAUCCGAUUUUAUGGUCAGACAUGAUAAUGUGAGCAACGAUUGCACAGACAUCAAUUGCUAUACAGAAACUGAUAUUAAGCCUUCUACUCACCAAGAUGGCAAUGAGAACUCUGUACUAAAACCAGAAGGGAAUUAUGACUAUAAAGACUUUGAGUUAGGCUUUACGAAUUUCCAGCAGGGAAAUUGUUCAUCUAAUAUCUCCUGCGAGAUGCAGAACCCAAGUGCUAAUCUACCAGACAGCUUGAAUCAUACAAAAGAAAGAAACAGAAAUUUUGAAAGCAAUUUCGAUCCGAUGGAGCCUGAUUUUAAUUGGGAUUCAGUGGAAGAAGAACUAGGAUUGUCUAUUGAACCAUGGUUCCCUGAAUUUGGAUUCUAGAGAAUGAUAGAGGCUGCUUCAUAGUUAAAAAAAAAAAAUGGUGCAGAAAUAUUAGCCAUAGAAGUUUUGCUAUUGGAUCCUUCAGUGGAGUGGGUAUUGGCUGUUUUGCUUACUGAUGUCAAUAUUAUGGAUGAUACUGUUAAGUCUUAGAUAGCCCUUAGGAAACAACUUAUAUUGGUUAGUACAUAUCUUUUGUUCUUACAAGUAGUAUUAUAUAUAUGCAUGCAUUGAUCAGAUGCCAUUUUGUUUUUGAUUG